AUGAAUGCUCCUGGAGUCAGGGAACUAGAGGUUCCAUUAAGUGAAAUCAGAAGACCAAUUCCUCCAGUUCUUGAUCAUCAAAAAAUAGAAGCCAUGCUCUCAACACUUUUAGGAGUGCCCAUGGCUUCUGCUACUUGUGCCAUAGAAAACAUCACACCAGGUCAAUUGCCCCAAGUAGACGUAUUUCUUGUCAAAGAGAAUGGCAAAAAUUAUUACUUUGCUUUUGGUGGCUGUCACAGAUUCCAAGCUUACGAUCGUCUAAAAUUAGUCAACACGAAAGAGCCCAUGGUGCGCUGUAGGGUUUUUCCAGCUACAAGAAAAACUCUUCGUGUUUACUUAGGUAGUUCAGUAGAUAGCAUGUUUUAA